ACCACUCACCUCGGCCAGCUGAUUCUUCCAAGUGGGAAGAGGAAGAGCGGCGUGAUAAUUUUGUUGGCCUUACCGAAAUCAAGGAAAUUAUUGUUAAAUUGCCUCGUAAAGACUGUCACCAGUAGUUUUUAACUAAGAAAACCAGAAUACUGAUAAGCGGUACCUCAUAAAAUGGCUCAUGCCACUCCGCAGGGCGUAAAGUUGCUGAACGGAUGGAAACGUCCGGGCCGGUUUGACAAGGGACUGGGUGCCCAACUGCCCGAGGCGUACCGCAAGUUCUGGCGCGAAUGGAAGCUGACGACUCCGGCUGCAGUUCACUACAUCCCCAAGGAGCAGGAAUGGCAGCGGGAUGAGGUGACGCACGCUAUUCUACCUGUGCAGAAUAUUCCACUGCCGCUGAUUGACACGCCGGAAUCGCACCAAGGCAUCUGGGGCGGUGAAGCUGUUAUCAAGGGAUUCCAAAAGCGCCAACAGACGAAACGUCGUGUCCCGCACUUUUGGGUUCCGAAUCUAAGGCGCUCUGUUGUCCAUAGCCAUGUGCUAGAUGCUUACAUGUCAGUUGUGGUUACGGAGCGUACGUUGGAACAGAUCCACGAGUGCCAUGGAUUCGAUCACUACCUCCUCAAGAACAGGGCUUGCGAUCUUCGCUCCGCUCUGGCCUUGAAGCUCAAACGCGAAGUACUGCAGGCUCUUCAGAAGGGAGUUCCGGCGCUGGAUGACGAGCCCGACCGUCAGCAGGAGGUACUCAAAGAAUAUGGACGGUAUUUGGAGCCGUAUACGCCCGAGGAAAUCGACUGGUACGGCCACACAUACCUCGAGGCCAUCCGUAAGCUGCAGAAGCAGCUGCGCGAGGCCGAGAAAGUCAAGCCACAUAAGGUGGAAUUCCGUAGCAAGCUCAUUGAGCAGUUGCGGCAGGCGGGAAUUAGUGAGGCAGGCAAGCUUGAGCAGACGGACUCACAAACAGGAUCCUCCGCGGAGCACAAGGAUUCGGAUAUUGAGGCAUUAACAAAGCUGGAAUCUUCACCGUCCUCCAGUUGGCUCUCCAAGAUCAAUCCUUUUGGCAAAAAAGAGACCUAGGUCAGUUGCCCUCGUUUUGUUUUUGAUUUGUGUUUAGCCUUGAAUAAAAAACCAACUUCGGAAA